CAGAGAACUCAGCCAGGGCAGGAGAGAGAAGCCAGAGCGUGAUCAUUAAGCUGAAACAUGAAGGUGCUUCUGUUCAUCAUUUUCCCUCUGGUUCUCUCAGCAUCUAUUGAAAAAGAAGAUGCUGAGUUUGACACCCUGCCGCCCACAGAGCCAAAAUCAAGAUUUGCCAUGCUCGACGACGUGAGAAUCUUAGCAAAUGGCCUUCUUCAACUCGGCCACGGUCUGAAGGAUUUUGUCCAUAAGACAAAGGGACAAAUCAAUGAGAUCUUUCAAAAGCUAAACCUUUUUGACAAAUCUUUUUACGACCUCUCCAAACAGACCAACGAAAUCAAGGAAAAGGAGGAAGAGUUAAAAGAAACCACGUCCAAACUCCAAGCCAACAAUGAUGAACUCAAAAAUAUGUCUCAACAAAUUCACUCUCAAAUUGAAAACCUGCUGCAGGACAAGAGUAAGCUCCAAAGCAAGGUCGGGAAGCUGGAGGAGAAAUUGACAGAAAUAGCUCAGGGUACCCAAGAAGGAGCCGACCUCAAAGAGGUAGAAUCACUGAAACAUUUCGUCGAGCAGCAAGAUGUUAAUAUACGCCGCCUACUGAAAGUCGUUCAAGAGCAGCACGUGCAAUUAGAUCACCAAAAUGGACAAAUCAAAGACCUGGAACAUAAGCUUAUCAACACUGGUUUCCAUGAACGUCAAAUCACUCCAAGACAAGCUGCUUACCGCCCAACAAACUCAACGGAUCAAAAAGUAGAAGAAAACGAUAAUGCCCGGGACUGCAAUGACAUCUAUAACAGAGGAGAUCGACUGAGUGGCAUUUACGCUAUUAAACCCAAUGGAAGUGAAGAAUUCUAUGUGUUCUGCGAAAUAUCCCAAGACAACGCAUGGACAGUAAUCCAGAAAAGGAUGGAUGGAUCUGUGGAUUUUAACCAAACAUGGGAAGAUUACACAAAUGGCUUUGGUGACCUCACAGGUGAGUUUUGGCUGGGCCUUGCGAAGAUCUAUGCCCUCGCUCAGGAAGCGGAUUAUGUUCUUCAUAUUGAGCUCCAGGAUUGGAAAGACAACAAGCGCUACAUAGAGUACAUUUUCACCUUGGGGAAUGAAGACAGCAAAUAUGCACUCCAAUUACUGCAGGUGUCUGGAAACAUUCCCAGCGCUCUACCUGAACGCACACCGCUCUUAUUCUCUACAAGUGAUGAUAAUGCCAGUGACCUGAAGUGUCCGUCUGAGUCUCAAUCAGGCGGAUGGUGGAGCACAACGUGCAGUGGAACAAACCUAAAUGCCAAGUAUGUCAAGCCAAAAUCAAAGUCAAAAAUGGAAAAACGCAGAGGGCAAGGGCUGUACUGGAAACCAGAGAAGGGGAGAAUGUACUCACUCAGGUCGACAAAAAUAAUGCUCUAUCGUACAGACCUGGAGCACUUUGAUUAGCCAUCGUUACUCACGUCGCUACAAAACAGGAAUUCAAAAAAGGCUCAAGGGAAAAAUAUUUUAAAACAUGCUAUUUUUCAGAAAAAACAGUUCUAACAAAAUGUAAUGAUCGGGUUACAGACCACACACAGUGACAAUGCUGAAUCGAGAUGGGUCUCAGAUACAUUAGCUUUGAACUGGAUAAAUACUAGAAGAGCAUAUUAAAAAUAAAUAUGUACAGCUAGAAGACUAGAUGAUAGCAGGUAUAUAUUUAAUUAAAUCCAAGCAAAGUUUUGAACCUCACAACUUUUAUUAUCAUGCUCCUCUCCCAGCCUCUGGAUGACCGAUGUUUAGUUCUCAUAUUUAACACUGCUGCCUUUUCUAUACGUGCAUGAACUUUAUAUAUAUAUUUAUUAUAAAACUAAACAUGGCUAUUAUACAAAUUAUGCCGAAUGAAUAUAAUAGAAACAGACUCUGGAGGUUAUGUAUUCAGAUACGAAUAAUUACCACAUCACACUUUUUUAAGGAAAAUAAAAUGACAUAAAUUAAAGCAAUGUAAAUAAAUUUCGAUCUGAUUAGUGCCACCAGCUGUACCGUGCUCAAAGCUGAACAUUUUUAUUAUCAAAUAAAGGAAAAUGUCAUGUUAAAUCCCUUAAAAUGAGAGCACAGUAUACAUAAAUGUACACAUAAGAUAAUGAAGAUAUCAUACAAAUUAGUGCCGACCAGAUAUUUCCUAUGGAUGGCCACAGAUCAUCCAAAGGAUUUUUUUGGGGUGCAGUUAAUCCAAUUAAUAUUCCUUAGCCUAUUCUUGCUGUGAUCCAAAGUUGGACAGCUCAGGAAGAAGUUCACUCACACAUUAGUUGAGCUUCAUCAGAUGGGUCUGGGCUUCGGGUGCCU